GCCGCUCCGCGCCGCAGACCAGGGAGGAUGAGGCUCGCCAUCCGCGCCCUGCUGGCCUGCGCGGUCCUGGGGCUGUGUCUGGCGGAGCAAACUGUGAGAUGGUGCACCGUCUCAAAUCAUGAGGUCAGUAAGUGCGCCAGUUUCCGCGACAGUAUGAAAAGCAUUGUUCCUGCUCCUCCUCUUGUCGCCUGUGUGAAGAGAACCUCCUACCUGGAGUGCAUCAAGGCCAUUGCGGAUAACGAAGCGGAUGCUGUGACGUUGGAUGCAGGUUUGGUGUUCGAAGCUGGCCUCUCCCCCUACAACCUGAAGCCUGUAGUGGCAGAGUUCUAUGGGUCCAAAACUGAGCCACAAACCCACUAUUAUGCUGUGGCCGUGGUGAAGAAGAACAGCAAUUUCCAGCUGAACCAGCUCCAAGGCAAGAAGUCCUGCCACACGGGCCUUGGCAGGUCUGCUGGGUGGAACAUCCCCAUUGGCUUACUUUAUUGGCAAUUGCCUGAGCCACGUGAAUCUCUUCAGAAAGCAGUGUCCAAUUUCUUCGCGGGCAGCUGCGUACCCUGUGCAGAUCGGACAGCUGUCCCCAACCUGUGUCAACUGUGUGUGGGGAAAGGGACAGACAAGUGUGCCUGCUCCAACCACGAACCAUACUUUGGCUACUCAGGUGCCUUCAAGUGCCUGGCGGAUGGCGCUGGGGACGUGGCCUUUGUCAAGCAUUCAACAGUAUUGGAGAACCUGCCACAAGAGGCUGACAGAGACGAGUAUCAGCUGCUCUGCAGGGACAACACCCGGAAGUCAGUGGAUGAAUACAAGGACUGCUACCUGGCCAGCAUCCCUUCCCAUGCCGUUGUGGCCCGAAGUGUGGACGGCAAGGAGGACUUGAUCUGGGGGCUUCUCAACCAGGCCCAGGAACAUUUUGGCACAGAAAAAUCUAAAGACUUCCAUCUCUUCAGCUCCCCUCAUGGGAAGGACCUGCUGUUUAAGGACUCUGCCCUUGGCUUUUUAAGGAUUCCCCCUGCGAUGGACACCUGGCUGUACCUGGGAUAUGAGUAUGUCACUGCUAUUCGGAAUCUAAGGGAAGAUAUACGCCCAGAAGUCCCAAAGGACGAAUGCAAGAAGGUGAAGUGGUGUGCAAUAGGCCACCAUGAGAAGGUCAAGUGUGACGAGUGGAGUGUAAACAGUGGAGGGAACAUAGAGUGUGAGUCAGCACAGUCCACUGAAGACUGCAUUGCCAAGAUUGUGAAAGGAGAAGCUGAUGCCAUGAGUUUGGAUGGAGGUUUCAUCUACAUAGCGGGCAAGUGUGGUCUGGUGCCUGUCCUGGCAGAGAACUAUGAAACUAGGCCUGGCUCUGCAUGUGUGGACACACCAGAGGAAGGGUAUCAUGCUGUGGCCGUGGUUAAGUCCUCAUCAGAUCCUGACCUCACCUGGAACUCUCUGAAAGGCAAGAAGUCCUGUCACACUGGAGUAGAUAGAACCGCCGGCUGGAACAUCCCCAUGGGCCUGCUCUAUAGCGAGAUCAAGCACUGUGAAUUCGAUAAAUUUUUCCGUGAAGGCUGUGCCCCUGGGUAUAGGCGAAAUUCCACCCUCUGCAAUCUGUGUAUUGGCUCGGCAAGUGGUCCAGGAAGGGAGUGUGAACCCAACAACCAUGAGAGAUACUAUGGUUACACAGGGGCUUUCAGGUGUCUGGUUGAGAAGGGAGAUGUGGCCUUUGUGAAACACCAGACUGUCGAACAGAACACUGAUGGAUGUAACCCUGACGAUUGGGCUAAGGAUCUGAAGAGUGAAAACUUUAAGCUGCUAUGUCCUGAUGGCACUAGGAAGUCUGUGACUGAAUUUGAGAGCUGCUACCUAGCCCGAGCCCCGAAUCAUGCUGUAGUCUCACGGAAAGAAAAGGCAGCUUGUGUUUGCCAGGAGUUACACAACCAGCAGGCUUCGUAUGGAAAAAAUGGAAGUCACUGCCCAGACAAGUUUUGUUUGUUCCAGUCAGCCACCAAGGACCUUCUGUUCAGGGAUGACACACAAUGUUUGGCCAACCUUCAGCCCACAACAACAUAUAAAACCUACUUAGGAGAAAAGUAUCUCACGGCGGUGGCUAACCUGAGACAGUGCUCAACCUCGAGACUGCUGGAAGCCUGCACUUUCCACAGAGUUUAAAGCCCAAGAGGUGGGGUCACCACCAGAUGGAGAUGGGAGCUCACGUGACCCAUAAGCUUCCCUCUGCUCUCACUGGCCUGAGUGGUUUGUCUGCCUUCACAGUUUGGUGGUGGCACCUCUGCAGAACAUAAAAUAAAAAUUAUUGUUGGUUUUAUCUUUUA